AUGGCCCUCCUGCUGCCUCUGCUCAUGGCCCUGGUGCCACUCAGCUGGGGCCCUGCUGGCUCUCUGGGCUGUGUCCUGCCUCACAACCACGUCCUGGUCAGCAGGAGGAACCUGGAGCUGCUGGGCCAGAUGAGGAGAGUGUCCCCGUUGUCCUGUCUGCGGGACAGAAGAGACUUCGGCUUCCCCUGGGAGGCGGUGGCCGACGGCCAGUUGCAGAAGGCCCCGGCCCUGUCUGCGCUGCACGAGAUGCUCCAGCAGCUCUUGCAGCUCUUGCUGAGAGAGGGCUCGGCGGCCGCCUGGAGCCCGGCCCUCCUGGAGCCGCUGCGCACGGGGCUGCACCGGCAGCUGGAAGACCUGGACUCGUGUUUGGUGCAGCUGAGGGCAGAUGAGGGCUCAAUUCAGAGACACACUAAAGAAUCUCAGAACCCACUUGCUCUCAAGAAUUACUUCCGAAGAAUCAAGCUCUAUCUGAAUCAAAAGAAAUAUAGUGCGUGUGCCUGGGAGAUUGUUAGGCGGGAAAUUCAAACCUCCUUUUUCCUCAUGAAACAAUCAUCAAAGAGAAUGUAG